AAUAAGAAAAAGGAAAUCAAGAAGGACAUGGGAAUCCUCAUUAAGCGACAACCACCUCCCAUAUUCAACGGGAAGAUUAGCGAACUUAGACCCUUUCAAACUCAGCUCAGGGCCUACUUCAUAGACUUUAAGAAUACAAUUAACACUGAGGACAAAAAAGUUUCCUUUGCGGCAUCGCGCCUCAAGGGAACUGCACUCAAGUGGUUCCGACCUAUGUGGGAUAAAUAUCUCAAGGAUCCG